AUGGCCGCCGCCGCCUCAUCCGAGGCCGCCGCCGCCUCAUCCGAGGCCGCCGCCAUCACGCGGCGCCUGGCCUCCUGCAACACCGCCGCCCGCGAGCGCGCCGUGCGGCACCUCCUCUCCGACUUCCUGCCGGCCUCGGCCGCGCACCUCUCCGCCGCCGACCUGCUCAAGCUCUGGAAGGGCCUAUUCUUCUGCUUCUGGCACGCCGACAAGCCGCUCUACCAGUCCGACCUGGCCUCCCGCCUCGCCGCCGCCGUCUCCGCCGCGCCCUCCCCCGCCGCCGCCGCCGCCUUCCUCUCCGCCUACCUCGCCACCAUCUGCCGCGAGUGGCCGCACAUCGACGUCCACCGCCUCGACAAGUUCUACCUCCUCAACCGCCGCUUCCUCCGCCACGCCUUCCUCUUCCUCGCCGCCCGCGCCUUUGCCCCCGACGUCACCGCCCAGAUCGCGUCCGUCCUCUCGGACAAGGCCCUCCUGCCGGAAUCCAACAACUCCACCUCUCGAGGACUCGGGUACCAUGUCGCCGAUGCGUUCCUCGACGAGCUCAUGCCUGUGCUCCCCAUCAGCUUACCGUCCAUGGAGCUGCUGCUGGACCCCUUCUUCUCCGUCUUAGAGAAGUCCACCGACAGGAUGCUGGUCAGCAAGGUCAGGUCCAGCUUGUUUGAGAGGUUUCUCGAGAGCGGCGCACAGUUGCUUGAGAUGCUGAAGAAUGGUCAAUCAGCCGAGAAGGGUAGUGUGGAGGAGAAGCUAGGGAAGGUUGGGCUGCUGUUUGGGUUCAGCAAGCGGUUCGUGGAUAUCGGGGCGAAGGCGGAGACCGUGCAGGGAAACCGGAAGACGCUGUUUGGGCUCAGGGAUGCGUUUGUUAAGCUCGAGAAGGGGUUGGAGCUGUCUGGGAUCGAGAUCUCCGCGCCGGAGUUUGAGGGUGCUGCUGAGGUGCCAACCGUCACGGUGGUAGAGAACGGCAUGGAUUUGGAUGAGGCAAAGGUGGAAAAGAAGAAGAAGAAAAAGGCCAAGAAGGCUGCGUUAGUCGAAGGUGGGGAGGCGGCCAAGGUUCUGAAGCAAGAGAAGAAGGUGAAGAAAGACAAGAAGGACAAAAAAGAAAAGAAGAAGAAGAAGAACAAGGUGGAGGCUGUUGAUGGAGGAGAUGGCAGUGAGCGUGGUACAGAUGCCUCUGGAGAGGACCAGCAGAUGGGUGAUGCCUCUGAUGUCAUUACAUUUGAUGAGGUGGUGAUGUCAAAUCUUCAGAAGCAGUUUGAGAAGGCUGCAGAAGAAGCUGGGAUGCCGGCGACACCAGCUACUGUGAAAGUGGAAAAGAAGAGGAAGCGUUCAAAGUCGGCUGAUAGGUCAUCAGCAGUUUCUGGUGGAAAUGCCGGUGGUGAAGGUAAUGCUCUUGCUCAGGAAGGAGAUAAGAGCGGUAAGAGGGUCAGGUUCUCGAUGAAGAGUAAUCUGGUUUGGAAGCCUCAGACUCCUUUGCCACCACAGUGCUUGAGGCUCCCACCAUCUGCUACUCCAAGAGGGAGUGCGCUGAAAAGCGGAGUUCAGCCUGGGCCUAUAAGGGAAAGCUCCACUCCGGUGAAGAAGACCAAGCCGAAAGUGAAAUCAGCAAAGAAGAUGUUGAAGAAGAGCCCUUCCUCGGCUGUGAAGCGCCUGCGGAAGUUGCAAAACUUCUCUGCUUGAACUCAUGAAUGUAUGAUGGAAUGUCAGCCAUACCAUCGUGCUUUUUAAAUUAUGUCUUUGUCAUAACUUAAUUCUUCCUCAUUAGGUAGUCGUAUACACUGUUGGCUUGCUACUUUUUCAUUUUUGAUGGAUUGCUUAAUGAUAUGUCUCGUCAUAGUGCAUUCAUUAUAAUCAUGUGAUCA